AUGAGCUCCAAUCCCUACAAGAGCAGCCUUGCGGUUGGCGGGCCAGCCUUCGACAAGAACAAGAUGCAGAUGCGCCGUCCGACCCCAGAUAGCGAUGUCUUGGCAUCCAGUGACGACGACCGCGACCACGUGCCCCAACCCGCGCGUCCGCUCCCGAGUAAUCUCUACCCCGGCGGACGCCGGCCGUCUUCUGGUUGGCUGCAAGAUAUCCAACCUAACCGGAAAUUCUCUCUCCCCUCUGUGUCGUUUGCGGGCUCGCAGCCAACUACGCCGUCAGUGGAGCAACCGCAACAGCCUCGCACCUCUGCGGCCUCCUUCCCCUGGAACACGUCAAGCUUUUCAGCCAAUCCAACCGCUAGCCGUUUGAAGGAGAUUGCACCUUCCCCCACAUCGGCGCACCCGCCUGGUGACAAAGCUCUGCCCUCGCCAACCACCGUCGAAGGUCAAGACGGCAUCUCCUUCCUGCUUGAUCAGAACUACCCGGUGCGCAAGUCGGUUCGGUCCCAGUCCUAUAGUGUAGGUCAAGGUGACGUCGAGAACCCCGCUGCGCAGCUGGCAUCGCGUCUACGCACGUCACUACGACACCGCCCUUCGAAGCCAAGCCUGCUCGGUGAAGCAGCCGUUGCCUUGGGCCAGCUCCGUGAGGACGACGUCGACGAGGUAGAAUCCUCUAACGGCUCUGAGCACGGCGUUCGACUUCCGCCUGGUUACUGGGAGCGCGAGCAGAAGCAAGCCCUUCUCAAGCAAGCCGCCAUGGAGAAUGCACGCGCCCGCAAUCGUGCGGUUUCCUCAUCGUCGCCACGCCCCCAAUCUCAGCGGAAGACGCCCCAAGGCGUGCGCACCGUUUCCAUCGGUGAGUUCGCUAUCGACGAGCUUGCCGACGAUGGCGAGCGCAACCUCAGCAGCCCAAAGUUCGCCCUGACCCGCCGCUUCAGCGAGCACGUCGCUGGUGCUGGCCGCGAGGCUGAGGUUGAGCUUAUGGACCCAACAAAGAAACAGCAGUGGGCAACCACCAACAUCCAGCCCGUCGGCGUUGACCACCUCGGCCGUCGCCACUCCUUCGCUCAUUACGGCAGCCACGCUCAAACCUUCCAGUUGUCGACCCUGGGCAACACACAGGAAGAGGACGAGGAGGCUUCGCCCUUUGAGCAAUCACACUCACCAGCUCCGCUGGAGCCCUUCGACGCCGCAGCCUACUUUACCGGCUAUGGCCCAGCGUCGCGGGCUAUCAAUGCGUCCGCCAUCUCUGCCGCCCAUCCCGACCCGGUUGCGUCUCACACCGCGUCGACGUGCGCUAACCCUUAUGCUGUACCGGCAGUCCUCGGCCGUCCGGGUCGCCGCCUGUUCGUUGUUGCGUUCAAGUGCUCUCGCGCAGAGGUCUACUACCUCUAUGACAACACUGGUCUGGAGAUUCGUCGGGGAGACCUCGUUAUUGUUGAAGGCGACCGUGGCGCUGAUCUCGGUCAGGUUACUCAUGCCGACGUGAGCCUGGAGGAUGCCAAGAAGUACAAGGCCGAAGCGAACGAGGAGCACUUUCGCUGGCUCGUCAUGUUCUCGCAGUACUCCCUGGCCGGCGCUUCGAACGACGGGGGCAUGCUCGGUGCUCUGGCUCGAGCCAAUGGCUUCCCCCACAACAUGAACCGAGCUCAGCUCACUGGCAUGGGUGCCCAGCAAGAUCCGGAUGCGAAGCCAAAGAUGAUCAAGCGCCUUGCUCAGCAACAUGAGAUUAUGGGCCUGCGUGAUAAGGAGGGCCAGGAGGCGAAGGCUAAGCGCGUCGGAGCACAGAAGGCAGCCGAGCACAAUCUUCCCAUGGAGAUUCUGGAUGCAGAGUACCAGGCCGAUUACCACAAACUCACAUACUUCUACUACGCCGAGGCCUAUGUCAACUUCAACGAUCUCGUCACUGAUCUCUUCAAGCAGUAUAAGGUCCGGAUCUGGAUGUCUGCAGUCAAUCCUGCCUCGGUCGUCAACCCAAAUGGCUUGAUGCACAUACCGCCUCCGUCUGCCAUCGGUCCAGGCGCUAUUCUCCCAUCUGGUGCCCAGAACGCAUCCCUUUCCGUCGGGCCCGGCUUUGGACACAACGCCUACCGCCCAAACGAGCAUUACGGUCGCGGACGUGCUCACGGUGGUCACGCGGGUUAUGACGACGGCUACUACCCGUUCGCUCACCAGCUUCCGCCCUUCGCUUCGCAGGGAGGUUACCAAAUGCCUCAAUGGGGCCAUGGUCAGCAAGUCCCUGCGGACAUGAUGUACGGGCGGUACGGCUACCCAAACGUGACCGCUAGCGGCAGCCCCAUGAACUAUGGUGCCUACUAUCCGCCAGCCACGUACGCCGCGUCACCCGCAUUCAAUACUGCCUCAAGUGGACCGUCAUUCCGCGGCGGUUACCCAGCCACGACGGCAGCAACCUCUGGAUAUGCUCCUGCCUACGCAGGCGUCUCUACCGCUGGCCCAUCGUACGGUCAGUAUCUCACCUCGGGUGUUAGUGCCCCCAUGCCAUACAGCACCGCCCCGGCCUAUAACCCGUACGCAACGACUGGUUACGGAGCCACUAUCAACUACAGUACCGCUCCGAGCUACGGCGCUCCAUACACCUCUGGCGGCGGCAACUUCUCCGCCUUCAGUACCGCUGGUGGCUACGGUAGUGGUUUCACUGCUACGUCCGGCGCUGCCUCCUCUGCCCCCUAUGAUCCCGCUUUCCUCGCAGCCAUGCAGGCCUUGUCUUUCGGCAAGUAA